AAAACUAAGUAAAGGGGUUCAUAAAUCACCGCUUGAUGCAUAUUCUCUGAGGAGCAGUCAGCUCUUUUCCUAGAGGCAGUUUCUAAUAAUUCCCGGAACACAGAGAGCGUCUCGCUCAGCAGAACACGCUGGAUGAACGCAGCGGUGCCGCAAUCAGCGAAAUCCCGCAUUCUCCAUUCACAUCCACACCGCGUCUGCUGCUGCCUCACAUAAACAGAAGGCUAUAGCAUUUGUCUUAGACAGCAACUGACAGCAUACAGCUGCAAGAACACAGCUGCAAGAACCGCAUCGCUUGGACCUCACAGAGGUUUGAUCGCAUUUUAAGCUCCAAUUCAAUCUGGAGAUCGUUUGGUUUUAAACCGAGCGCACGCACGAUGGUUCAUCUGCAUCCCCGCCGAAGAAAACUGGUUUGGCUGUUGCCCGGUCUGCUUGGAGUCUGCAUGGCAUUUGGCCCAAGCAAAGCAGAGGAGGAAGAUUAUGAGGACGUCCCUAUAAAUAAAACAUGGGUUUUAUCACCAAAGGUCUACGAGAGCGACGUCACUCUUAUCCUAAACAAAUUACUGCAAGGUUAUGACAACAAACUGAGACCGGAUAUCGGAGUGAGACCGACGGUGAUUGAGACGGCAGUGUACGUGAACAGCAUAGGCCCAGUAGACCCCAUCAACAUGGAGUACACCAUAGACAUCUUCUUUGCUCAGACGUGGUACGACAGCAGACUCAAAUUCAACAGCUCAAUGAAACUCCUCAUGCUCAACAGCAACAUGGUCGGAAAAAUCUGGAUCCCUGACACGUUUUUCCGCAACUCACGUAAAUCUGACGCCCACUGGAUCACCACCCCCAAUCGCCUUCUGCGGCUCUGGAGCAAUGGAAGAGUCAUGUACACUCUAAGGUUGACUAUUAAUGCGGAAUGCUACCUUAAGCUGCAUAACUUUCCAAUGGACGAACAUUCGUGCCCUCUGGAGUUUUCGAGCUAUGGGUAUCCAAAGAAUGAGAUCCAGUAUAGAUGGCAGCGUCGUUCUGUUGAGGUUGCAGACCAGCGGUACUGGAGGCUUUACCAGUUUGCCUUUGUGGGCUUAAGAAACUCUUCUGAUGUGGCAAACACUCAGUCUGGGGAAUAUGUGGUUAUGACCAUUUUCUUCGACCUGAGCCGGAGAAUGGGCUACUUCACCAUCCAGACCUACAUCCCCUGCAGCAUGAUUGUGGUUUUGUCGUGGGUCUCUUUCUGGAUUAAUAAGGACGCCGUACCAGCCAGAACAUCAUUAGGCAUCACAACUGUGCUCACCAUGACAACUCUUAGCACCAUCUCCAGAAAGUCCUUGCCGAAAGUGUCAUAUGUGACGGCCAUGGAUCUGUUCGUUUCUGUCUGCUUCAUCUUCACCUUCGCUGCCCUGAUGGAAUACGGAACUCUGCAUUAUUUCACAAGCAAUCGACAGAACAAGAAGACCAAGUCAAGCCACGCACAGAAACCCAGCAUGGUUAACAUCAGACCGGGGACAUCUCUGCUGCAGAUGAACAAUAUUGCUCCCUACCACGAGGAUGAUGAUUAUGCGUAUGAGUGUCUGGAUGGAAAAGACUGCACCAGUUUCUUCUGCUGCUUCGACGACUGUCGCUCCGGAGCUUGGCGUGAGAACAGAAUGCAUGUCCAUGUCUCCAAAAUCGACUCUUAUUCUAGAAUAUUCUUCCCAACCGCCUUCGGCCUCUUCAAUCUUGUCUACUGGAUUGGAUAUCUGUAUCUUUAAAGAUGUUGAGCAACUGGGAGAGGGACUCUAGUAAUAUCGCAAAUCAUCUGUGAAUACUCCAUCUGCUAAAUCCAGCAGCAUAAAUCUUUGAGAGAAGGGACGUGUGAGGCUUGUGAGGUUGGAUGUAUUAAUACUUAAUGUGUCUAUAAUCGUACCGGCUAUGUGAUUUAUUAGAAGAUUUAUAUCUUGGAAUGAUGGUUACAAUGAUUACAAUACAGCAUAUUACCAGCGAUAUCAUUGUUUUUGAGAAGGAAAUGCAGAUAGUUAGAUUUUACAUCAGAUAAGCAGGCCAUAUCGAAGAGAUUUCAUCUAUAUCACCUAGUUUAAAAGCCACAAAAAUCAGCAGAUUUUAAAAAAAGAAAUGCAAUAUUAAUAUUACUUCUGCAGCUGUGUUAUCUUCAGGUUGCUAUCUCUCUGGCUGAAGCAAAAUUAUUAUUUGCAAUGAACAGUAGAUAAGAUAUUAGUCGCUUCUGAUGCAAAUUUCAAAGGUAGUAGAUAGAACAGCUGGCUGUGAGAAAAGUAGUAGCCUUUUUGUGCAUAUUAAUCAGAAUUUCUUAUUUUAAACAUACAGUAAAAGUAGGUCUGGGAUAUAAAUACUUAUUUCAUGAUUUUAAUUGAUUCUAAUUUUGAUAAAUCAACAAUAUACAUUUUUGAAGACUUCACAUAGCUGAUGAUUGCUAAUAAGGUUGUUUGGCAUGCUGUCCCGGGAGAGCCCUGAGCUUAUAAGAUCCUCAAGCCCUGGGCUCCCUCUCAUUAGCAGGUUGAGAGGGAAGUUUGCGCUCAGAUACUGUAGAUCUGGAUGUGCUCCCAUGACUUAUUUCUGGCUAAUGGCAAAUAAAAAAAUGGCUAAGGAGAUAUAUACUGCUUGCUAAGAGCUUGACUAUGAUGCCAAUUUGGUAUGUUUAAUUUACUUAGGUUGCGUGUUUUCUGGACUGUGGGAGAAAACCAGAGAACCCAGUGAAAACCCAGACGAGAUCGGGGAGAACAAUCAAACUUCGCACAGAAAUGUCAAUUGGUUUAGCUGGGACUUUAACCAGGGACAUUGUUACUGUAAGGCAACAGUGCUAAUCACUGGGCUGCCAUGUCGCCCACCUAGAAACAAGGGGGAGUAGGGAUGGAAGGAGGAUUCUUAAAGACAAACCCUUUCUACCCCCACUCCCCCCCUUCCUGAUUCUUCAAGUCAAAUAUACUAGGAUAAGAUAUUUUUAGUGAGUUGGGAAUUGUCUGAUUAGUGAAUCAAGUGUUAAUAAGGGACCAGCUGUGAUCAAUCAUGCAAGCGAUCCUCUUGAAAUCAGUUUACAAAUAAACUUUGCUUACUUUAUCUUCAUUUAUUUGACUUUACAUUGAAGAACAUUAGAGUGGCAUGGUGGCUCAGUGGUUGGCACUUGUCACCUCACAGCAAGAAAGUCGCUGGUUGGA